GGUAUUCCAAUUACGAAGAGACAAUUUCGUACGUCGCACAAGCACACAGAAGUGAAAAUGCACCCGAACGACGAUAUUCCUCGCAAAAUCGGCAAUUAUAGGCCCAAAAGAAGCAAGGCGAGGAUGCGUAAGCGGGAGAUGUAUUUGACCAAGGUGCGAAAAGAGCUUUGGCCAGAGGGCCAAAUCCCCAACGUUCCAGUCGAGUCUGUCGCUGAACUGGCCACGGAGCUGUUCACCAGCACUUGUGGCGCCAGACGCCUCGCUGGCCUGCACCUGCCAGAGGCCGUCCGGGAAUCGUGCCGCGGGAACAUCUCGCCGUGCUCCCUGGUCCUGGCCCUGCUCUACUUGGAGCGUCUCAAGACUGCCAACGACCAGCAGACCAGGGAGUACCUGGCAGAGGUCACCCCUUCGGAGCUGUUCAUCGUCUCAAUGAUGGUUGCCAACAAGUUUAUUCAGGACGAAGGGGAAACUAGCGAGGUGGAAAACUGGUACUGGUCUGAUUUGUCCGGAUUUGACUGCAAACAACUGAAUCAACUGGAACGGGAAUUCCUCAAUGCAAUUAGAUGGGAGGUAUUUGUGAAGGACCAGGACUUCUGGUCUGCCUUGAUGCGGCUGCACCGAACUGUAUCUCUGCGUCAAGGAUUGCGUCGAGGCUGGUUUACUUACGAAGAGACUGCCGCCCUUUUGGAUAUUGUGCCACUUACCCAAUUGUUGCAACAAGCCCUUCAGAUUGUGGUUGCCUGUCUUGCGAGUUACGCGGCCGCAACCAUGGCCUGCAUGGUCCUGGUUCCUCUUCUGGCCUCCGUCCCCACCUACCAACUGCUUUUGCCCCUCCACCUGGCCGUCGACCAGAAGAUAGACCCUGUCGGCAUCAUGGCCCCGAGCGGUGUGGACCGGCUUGCACAGGAGGCGCGACUCUUGGCCUGGAGUUUGCAGCAACUCAGUCUCUGCGUCAACAUCUCCACUUUCGGACAACGGCCGUUCGGCCAGCCCUUGGUCACGCUCAACCAAACGGGACAAUUGGCCGCCUGGGUCACCUCUUAGCCGCACAACAACCCACUUAGUUGAUGCCAAACACGUUUCCGGACUGCUUAACCCGAUUAGGUCGACAUUAUUUUUGAAUAGAUGGGACAGGAUGUAAUAAAUAUUGGAUAUAUAUUUAUGGA